AUCUCCACACUGGAUGCAUCUUUCCUGUAAGGCAUCCAUCUUCGACGUGGUGGUAACUUGUAUCCCAUGGAGCCUUCUACCAAGCGACGACGUGUUCCUCAGGGACUCAGGAAGCGUUCAGAGCGGAGUUGCGAUUACUGUAGGAAGCAUCGAUGCAAAUGCGAACCAAUCCCAGACCAGGACACCUGCUCAGCAUGUCGCCUGAACGGAACGGCAUGUGUCUACGCUACACCCAGGAGAACACGCGUGUCAAUCUCCCUGGAUGAAUUGACGGAUCGGUAUCGAUGUCUGGAGGCCAUCGUGAAAGGCGCAUUCCCGAAUGAGCCAACAGUAACGUCGGAAGAGCUUGUGCGGCUUGGUAUGGCCAAAGGGUUCUCCAUGCCGGAUUUGUCGGAUAGAUCGGCUGUUCGUCCGGAAGAUGUGCUGGUGAUGAACCCUCCUACGAGGCGGGAAGAUCACUCAUCACCGGCUACCGACACGAUUCCGACGUUGGAAGCCGAUUCUACGGAGGUUCCCGAGUCUCCCUCGCUUGUUCGCGAUACUGCAGGGCAGUCGCAUCACAUUGGCCCUUCAGGCAGCCUCGCGUUCUUCGCUGAACUGAGGGCCCUUCUGUCCUCACGUCAGACAGCAACACCUGGCCUUGGCCUACCCCCGUCCUCUUCCUUUGUGCGAGAUGAUGCUGCCCAAACCUUGGAAGCAGCUGAUCACCUCGAUACUGAAGAUGGGUAUGCCGACGGCGCGGAUCUGGCUAGGCCUUCACCCGGUUCAGCCAUCAGUCCCUCCUUCAGCAGGGAGGAGGACCAGCGCUGUAUAUCUGGAGUCACAGAACAUAUUCCUCCAGCUUCCAUCAUGAUUGGACUCCUACAAUCGUUCUUUGAGCUAGUGCAUCCGGAUUUCCUGCUCUUUCAUCGGGCCACUUUCGAAGAAGAGUUUGAAGCAUUUGUGCUCGAAACAGCGUCCACCAAACUUGCGCGCGUCGACCUGGGCUGGAUUGCGUGUCUUCACAUGAUGCUUGUAUUUGGAAGCCUUAGCGGACCGAAUAGCGACGACGCCGAAUGCCGCGCAUUGAGGAAGAGAUCACUCACUGCCGCAAGAUCCCUUCUGCCUAGACUGGUCUCGAAGUGCUCGCUUGUGAACAUACAGGCCCUUAUGCUGAUUUCAUUCUAUCUGCACAACCACAGCGAGCGCAAUGCGGCGUGGAACCUCAUUGGAACCGCGAUUCGCAUGGCGCUGGCACUCGGCAUGCACAAAAAAGAAGUCGGCCGUUCGUUCCGUCUCAUCGAACGCGAAACACGCAAACGCGUCUUCUGCACUCUUUAUGGAUUCGAGCAGUUCUUGUGUACCAGCCUGGGCAGGCCCAGCGGGUUAGAUGCUCCAGACAUUGAUGUCAGCGCGCCACGGAACGGUUUCUUCGAUGGGAUUGGAAUGGGUAGCUCCUUCACAAAGCUCGAGCUUGACUUACAAGCAAUUCUCGCAUCGGCCAGAGCACCAUGCCAGUCGCCGAAGCACCUUCUUGAGGCUCUCAAGAUUUGGGUGGACAGUAUUCCAUCGCACUUCAACCUCUCGGCUUGUGUAUCGAUAUCCGACCUUUCUACACCUUCUUCGACCCCCAGGACGCUGUCACUUGAACCAGCAAUCGCGUCACUCCAACAUCAUAGCUCCGCAUAUAUCAGAUCGGUCCUUCUCUUACAUAUUCAACACCACUACGUGGCGAUCCUAGCCACUCGAUCAC